ACAAAGAAAAAUUAAAGAAAUUAAAGAGAAAGAGAGUCGGAGAUAGAAUUAAAAAUGGAAGUAGUUCAAGUGCUUCGUAUGAAUGGAGGCGUUGGAGAAACCAGUUAUGCAAACAAUUCAUCAGUUCAGCUGAAGGUGAUAUGCAUGACCAAACCAAUCACGGAAGAAGCCAUAACCAAACUCUACUGUAGCAACUUUCCCACAAGCUUAGCAAUUGCAGACUUGGGUUGCUCUUCCGGACCCAAUACUAUGUUUGUUGUGUCCGAACUCAUCAAGGUGGUUGACAAGAUUCGCCAGAAACAAGGCCGACAGUCGCCUGAAUAUCAUGUGCUCCUGAAUGACCUUCCAGGGAAUGACUUCAAUACCAUUUUCAGGUCCCUGCCAAGUUUCCAGGCCAAACUCAAGAAGAUACUGGGGGAUGGAAGUGGACCCUGUUUUUUCACAGGAGUGCCAGGUUCUUUCUAUGGCAGGCUUUUCACAAGCAACAGUCUGCAUUUUGUACACUCUUCCUACAGCCUAAUGUGGCUAUCUCAGGUUCCUGAAGGGCUGGAAAACAAUAAAGGGAACAUUUACAUGUCCAGCAGCAGUCCUCCCAACGUGAUUAAAGCAUAUUAUGAGCAAUUCAAACAGGAUUUCUCUCUGUUUUUGAAGUGUAGAUCGGAGGAAUUGGUGACCGGAGGACGCAUGGUCCUGACCAUUUUAGGAAGGAGAAGCGAUGACCCAACAAGCAAAGAGUGUUGUUACAUCUGGGAGCUCUUGGCCAUGGCUCUUAAUGAUAUGGUUUCUGAGGGACUUAUAGAAGAAGAGAAAUUAGAUUCAUUCAACAUUCCUCAGUACACACCAUCGCCAGUUGAAGUAAAAAACGAAGUUAUGAAAGAAGGAUCGUUUGCCGUAGAUCGCUUGGAGGUGAGUGAAGUGAACUGGAAUGCAUAUUCCAAUGGUGAAUUUAACCAGUUGGAUGCAUUUAAGGACGGUGGAUACAAUGUUGCGAAAUGCAUGAGGGCUGUGGCCGAGCCUCUGCUUGUUACUCACUUUGGUGAUGUCAUCAUCGAUGAGGUCUUUGAACGUUACAGGGAAAUCGUUGCUGAUCGCAUGUCCAAGGAGAAGACAGAGUUUGUGAAUGUCAUCGUUUCUCUGCAAAAAUAUUGAUGGCGAUGAUGAUUUAUCUACAAUUUAACUGCAAUUAAGUUCCAGUACUAGUUCAAUUGUCAUAUGUGUUGUAAUAAAAUGGUGUCCUAGAUAGUAUGUUCAAGGACAGUACUAAAUAUUGGUGUGCUGUAAUGUCAAGGUAAAUUUAAAUUUAAGGAUAUAAAUUACUCGUCGAAUGAACACCAAGUUUCUUG